CAUUAUUUUUCCGAGAUGAACCGAUAUACAACCAUGAGGCAGCUGGGGGACGGCACGUAUGGAAGCGUUCUGAUGGGCAAGAGUAACGAAUCUGGGGAGCUGGUGGCCAUCAAAAGGAUGAAGAGAAAGUUCUAUUCUUGGGACGAAUGUAUGAACUUGAGAGAAGUUAAGUCUCUGAAGAAGCUUAACCACGCCAACGUGAUCAAACUAAAAGAAGUUAUCAGAGAAAAUGAUCAUCUCUAUUUUAUAUUUGAAUAUAUGAAAGAAAACCUCUAUCAAUUAAUGAAAGACAGAGACAAGCUGUUCCCUGAGUCAGUCAUCAGAAAUAUUAUGUAUCAAAUAUUACAAGGACUGGCAUUCAUCCACAAACAUGGUUUUUUUCAUAGGGAUAUGAAACCAGAAAACUUGCUUUGUAUGGGCCCAGAACUUGUGAAAAUUGCUGAUUUUGGACUUGCAAGGGAAUUAAGAUCACAGCCACCAUAUACUGAUUAUGUAUCUACCCGAUGGUAUCGUGCUCCUGAAGUUUUAUUAAGAUCUUCAGUUUAUAGCUCUCCCAUUGAUGUGUGGGCUGUAGGGAGUAUAAUGGCCGAACUGUAUACAUUAAGACCACUUUUCCCAGGGACAAGCGAGGUCGAUGAAAUCUUUAAGAUUUGCCAAGUUUUAGGGACUCCCAAAAAAAGUGACUGGCCAGAAGGGUACCAGCUUGCAUCCUCUAUGAAUUUCCGCUUUCCCCAGUGUGUUCCUAUAAACUUAAAAACUCUUAUUCCCAACGCCAGUAAUGAAGCUAUUCAGCUAAUGACUGAAAUGUUAAAUUGGGAUCCAAAGAAGCGACCGACAGCAAGCCAGGCACUGAAACACCCGUAUUUUCAAGUUGGUCAAGUAUUAGGCCCUUCCUCACAUCAUCUGGAAUCAAAACAAUCUUUAAACAGUAAGCAGGUGCAACCACCAGAGCCGAAGCCAUCUUUAGUUGAUCUAGAACCUGAGCCUCUGCCGGACAUCAACGAGCAGACUGUCAGACAGCCGCAGCCGAAGAACAGCCACCAGCCACUGCGGUCCAUCCAGCCACCACAGAACACGAGUGUCCUGCAAGCGCCAAAGCAGCAGAAACAGCCACAGACGCUAUUUCCGAGCAUCGUCAAAAACAUGCCGGCCAAGCCAAAUGGUACCCUGGGGCACAAAAGUGCUAGGAGGCGCUGGGGUCAGACGGUGUUCAAGUCUGGAGACAGCUGGGAAGAGUAUGAGGAUUACGAUCUUGGAGCCUCCUAUUCCAAGCGGCCGAGCAUGGGUGUAUUCAAAGAAAAGAGGAAAAAAGAUACCCCAUUCCGGCUUCCAGAGUCGGUGCCCUCAGCCUCGCACCAGUCAGCAGGGGAAAACAAGAGCUUACCCGCUGCCGUUUCCCAGAAAUCGGAUUCUGAACUGUCGACUGCUUCCACCGCUAAGCAGUACUACUUGAAGCAAUCCAGAUACCUUCCAGGUGUAAAUCCCAAGAAUGUGUCCUUGGUAGCCAGUGGAAAGGAUAUAAACCCAUAUACUUGGAGUAAUCAGUUAUUUCCUAAGUCAUUGGGACCCAUGGGGGCAGAACUUGCUUUCAAAAGGAGCAACGCAGAGGAAAGCAUAAUUAAACCAAUUGAAAAACUAUCAUGUAAUGAAAGUUUUCCUGAAAAAUUAGAGGACCCACAAGGAAGUCUUGGAAGUUAUGCUACUUACAAUCAGUCAGGAUACAUUCCUUCCUUUCUCAAAAAAGAAGUGGGGUCAGCUGGCCAGAGGAUACACUUAGCACCUCUCGGUGCAACAACUACAGCCUCGCCCCCAGGAUUAAAUGAGAAGAAAAAUCGAAUUAAUUUCUUCCAGCUUCCCCAUGUAAUCUCUCACCCCAAACUUCCCAACACCUCCUCCCCGACUCCCUGCCUUGUGGUAACAAGGACUAUGAGGAGUGACUUCUUCCCUCCACGGCUGGCCGCCCUUUGCAAGGGCAGGGAGGGCCCUGUUCUAAGUGAGCUAUGUUCAUUAGCUCUACUCCAGAAGGUACUAUUAUUACGGUCUUCAUUUUACACGGGUUUUACUUCUUGCUAAAGGUUACAUAAUCAGGGCACAGAUCACAGGCAAACAUCUUUCCUUUGGCAAACAUUUUCUGCAGGAAGUUAAAUGCCCUUGAUAGGACACGUGCUGUUUUUAAAAAGAGGGCACAGCAAGCGUGAGAGGGCUGCCUGCCCCACUCUAAGGAGGUGUGGGGCAAGGUCCGGCUGACACAAAAGUGUUUCUUGCCUUGCCCCCCGGAUCUCAGCUCCUCUGGCAGCUGCUGAGUUCUUCACCAAGGGUGCUUGAGUCCUGAAAUUAUUAUUUCUCAGAAAGGAAAUCUUGGCAAAAUGAUUCCCUCUUCAGCAGUUUUAAAAACGUUUUCCUGGACAUGGUUUCCCUCAAAUGCAUUCAGGACCUGACCUAGCUAGGUCAUGAGCUGGGAAAAAAAGUUCUGUUACUCCCCAAAUCCCUCAUGUUGCAACACCAGAGGCUCGCCCAACUGUUAGCUGAAGACUGCGUCCCCUCUCCUGUCCCCUCUCCCGUCUCUGAAAUCACUCACCAGGGGACUCUCUGCCUCUCUCUCCUCCUCGCUCCACUCCCUCCCUCUCACCUGCUCUCUCCUCCACCCACAGGCCCAUUAGGUCUGCAGCCUUCA